UUUUGCCAUAGAGUGCAGAAAGAGCUAAAACAGCUUAAGUCCCUUAAACCUCAUGGCAUUGAAGUGAGCAUUCCUUCUGACAGCCUUCAGGUUUGGGAAGCUAUCGUACCGGGGCCUGACGACUCUCCAUACAAAGGUACUUGUAUCUUGAUAAUACACAAUGUCAGGGGAUUGAUCCACGCUCUUUUUCUUUCCCAUACUUUCCUCUGUAUUACUCAAGGCAAAGUAUUUAACCAUCUAACACAACAAUAUGACUCUUUGAAGGGUUGUCUCGUAGUGCAUGAGUUAGUGAUCGUUACUCAACCAAUUAGUCUGAAUGAUCAGGUUCACCAGGAGCGUGCUCUAAUUCAAAUGAUUAUAUAAUAAUAAUAACUCUAAGGAUUCAUCAUGAUUUGAUAUUUCUGGCAGAGAUACUGUCAGCCUUUGAUUGGUAAGUAGCGCAUAAAUAUAAACUUACUUUCUGUAAAUUUACUGCAAUUGUAUGUUAUUUCCAGGUGGGCGGUUCAAAGUUCAAGUGUAUUUACCGUAUCCUUUAGCAAACUGUCAGUUAUAUUAAACUUUUAACAGAGUGGCGAGUUACAGCAGGUAACUAAAAUCAAUAAGCCUUUUCUCUCUGGGACCCCGAAAUAAAAAAUAACCUUAGAAGUCUAUGACGUAACCUUAUGCGCCGUACAUAAUGAAGGUUAGUUUCUCUUCCAAAUAGUCUUCUUAGCAGUAUUUUCCAAAAGAGCGAUGAACUACAGCUCAAGCCAGCAAUAACGAAUUCCCUUUUUACUACCACCAUGGUCAAGUCUCCAGGAGCCGAUUUUCGGCUUGACCAUAUUUGAUAAGUAAUAUAAUCGACAAUAUUUGCGCAUUGUCCCAAUGGUUCCCUAAGGAAAGAGAUCAAGCGAGGGAAAUCUUGUGCAAGAAAGUCACUGGCUUGUUCCCGCGGGUGCCCCUUUCGCGCGGGUGUCACUGGGAUGCAUGCAAGUGCAUCCUACUCACAACACCACGCGCGCCUCUGGAGAACAGAAAAGUCUACCUGCUGACGAGAGGUACAAUAACCUUAAGUUAGUAUCGAUUUUAAAAGAUGGCGCAAAAUUUCUUAGCCAGUCAAAUUACAAUGCGCAAGUCCAAAACUGUCCAAUUUAAUUAGGACACCUAACUGCAAAAUUCAAAAACUAAAAUCGUGAGUCAUUUUGGACGACUUACACACCGUAGAUCUAUCCGAUCUAUAUACAUCCAUCGUUCUUAUCCUUGACCUUUUGUCUCUAUUCAGUGAGAACUAUCCUCUAGGAUAUCCAACGGUAAGCUUGAAAUAACUGGAAAGUUGUUUACAGCAGGAUACCGGGGAACUAACAGAAUAUUAUGUUACGUUCAGAUUUGAAACGACACCUCAAUGAGGUAUAAUCAACAUAUCUGGCGCGAGAGGAAGGUACCAGGCGAACAAUCUACGUCUCCUUUGCUCUCCCGCUCAGUCUCUGGGCGCGCCAUCGCUUACCCUUUUACAUCAGAAAUAUUGCGAAUAAAUUUGACAGAUGGUUUAGUUCAUUCUGAAAUAUUACAAGGGAUUACAUUUGUUAGUUGUAACCUCAUCAUUGUAGCAAGUUUCAAAAAUAAGUAUACUUUCCUCCUGCCUAAAGGGAAAAGCAAAGGGAAGAAUCAUGACUUGUCACCUAUUUUCAUGUUAGAUGAGGGGGAGGGUAUGCACGACUUCACGAAAGCUAGGAAUAAACUCAUUUUUUAGUUACGCUUACAAGACGGAAUUCUUUCAUCUUCCGAAGACUUUUUUUUAAUCAAACUUUGAUUUGCCUUAGUAUCCCUGUCAUUAUAAGUCUUCUAGAGAUAGAAUUUUGUGGUAUUUGAUUUCACUUCAGGUUCGUUUUCUGUCUCCAAUAUAUCACUUGAACGUAAGUCCGUCAACUGGUCACGUGUGCCUGGGCUUCCUUUCAGAGGAGGACUGGUUACCAACUCGCUGUAUUCGAGAUGUGUUGAGUGCUGUGUUCUCUUUGCUUAUCAAGCCCGAACCGGAGAAUUCCGCUGAACAGGCGCUACUACAGGCAUAUAAUCACAACAGGGCGUCUUAUGAGGAGAAGGCCCGAAGAAGCGCAAAGAGCUUUCGAUGAACAAGUGAAAAGUUCAAGAACUCCUUGAUCAGUACUUGGGAACUCUUUGAAACAGUUAUUAGAUCUUAUUAUUAUUGUUUUGGGAUGUACUUCCUAUCGAUGUUGAGUUUGAUCCUGUGUUACUUGGGUUAAUCAUCUCCAGAAUACCGAGUCUGUUAGUAAUAUCAGUUAAUCCUAGUAAUUACUAAUUCAUUCAAUCGAUAUGGUUGAUUUCUCACUUCCUAUUGAAGCAGUGCUAUGAUUUUCCAAGAAAAAUGUUUUUUUUUCAGUGUAGUUGCUGCAAUGGAAGUCAGCUUAAGUCGCUUUUGUUUUUGUUUUUGGUUUUUCUUUGUUGGCUGGAGGGGGUUGGAAGUAUACCGUAAUCUUCAAACGGCGGUUCCAACGGCGCUAUUCGUUAACUCACGGUGCUGAUCGAUGGUUAUCGAUUGAGGAUGAAACUUGCUAUUCUCUUUCAGAGGUAGAAGGUGAGAUUUAAAAAAUUACAAAUGUAAGAUGGUACUAAAAGUUAAACUGAUAUAACGGCUGUCAAGCAGAAAUCGGGUAUUAGAGUAAACACAACUGUGAUUAUUAUGCAACUGCUUAUUUUUCUUACUAGU